UGGUUAUUUUAAUUUGUUUUAUUUUUGUAAUUUUUUCAAAAAAUUAUUUGAACAGAAAACCAAACACACAAUUAGGGCUCCUGGUCGCCACCGCAAUCGGUGAAGACUGAAGACUGACCUUCUUCUCCGGGCUUGGGCGGCGGCAGUACCCCCCUUUGUGGAGAAGAAGUUUGUGUCGGGGGAAAUUUUUUUGACAAUUCCAGCCAAAAAGCUCCAUUUUUUUGUUGUUGCAGAACAAUGGGGGAAGAAGACAUGGAAGAACGUCUUUUGGAUUCCGUACGCUCAGUAGUUUUCAAAGAAUCAGAGACUCUCGAAGGAUCUUGUAUUAAGAUCCAAGGCUAUGAUUUCAACCGAGGCGUCAACUAUUCUGAGCUUCUUAAAUCCAUGGUCUCAACUGGGUUUCAAGCCACCAAUCUCGGCGAUGCCAUUGAAGUUGUCAAUCAAAUGCUAGACUGGAGGCUUUCCGACGAGUCUUUGACGGAGGACUGCGGCGAAGAGGAGAGAAACCCGGCAUACAGAGAGUCCAUGAGGUGCAAGGUUUUUCUGGGUUUUACAUCCAAUUUGAUUUCUUCUGGUGUUCGAGACACCAUUCGCUAUCUUGUUCAGCAUCACAUGGUUGAUGUAGUUGUUACAACAGCUGGUGGUGUUGAAGAAGACCUUAUAAAAUGCCUCGCACCGACAUAUAAAGGCGAUUUUUCUUUACCUGGAGCUCAUUUACGCUCAAAAGGAUUGAACCGCAUUGGUAACUUGUUGGUUCCCAAUGAGAACUACUGCAAAUUUGAGGAUUGGAUCAUUCCAAUAUUUGACCAGAUGUUGGAAGAGCAGACUGCGAAGAAUGUAUUGUGGACUCCAUCUAAAGUUAUUGCUCGCUUAGGGAAAGGGAAAGAAAUAAACAAUGAGAGUUCAUACCUCUACUGGGCAUACAAGAACAAUAUUCCAGUCUUCUGCCCUGGCUUAACUGACGGCUCUUUGGGGGAUAUGCUAUACUUUCAUUCUUUCCGCAAGCCCGGUCUAGUCGUUGACGUAGUGCAAGAUAUUAGGGCCAUGAAUGGUGAAGCUGUCCAUGCAAGUCCUAGGAAGACUGGAAUGAUAAUUCUUGGAGGUGGACUUCCCAAGCAUCACAUUUGCAAUGCGAAUAUGAUGCGUAACGGGGCAGAUUAUGCAGUCUUUAUUAACACAGCGCAAGAGUUUGAUGGUAGUGAUUCUGGUGCUCGUCCUGAUGAAGCUGUAUCAUGGGGAAAAAUACGAGGUUCUGCUAAGACCGUUAAGGUACAUUGCGAUGCGACUAUUGCUUUUCCUCUACUGGUUGCGGAAACAUUUGCUGCAAGGGGAAAGAGAUCGGCCGAGAACGAGUCCUAAAACAAAAUCUGGCAGGCUGCAGUUUCAUUUAAGACUUGCUACAACUAGAGGAGGUAGGUAUUUUGUGUGAUGAGUUCACGCGCAUAUGAAUGAAAAUUUAUCCGACAACUAAACCUGACAAAAUGCUUCUAAGAGGUUGAUGAUGUUUAACAUAUAUAAUUUAUCCAAAUCAUUGUAAGGGAACUUUACUUCUAUCUAUUAAUGAGCCAUUGUUUGUGUGAGAUAGAUAGUAAGUACAUUGUAGUUUGGCAUUAAUAACUUGCAUUGAGAUCUAUGUUUAAACUCUGGUAUCGAUGGAUGAACAGAAAGGAAUUCUGCUAUGUCCAUUUUAGUAGUUAGAAACAUUGAGCAAAUAGAUUGUACUAAUUGUAUCAUUUUAUUUGAAAUUGUUUGUAUUAUCUA